GGCUUCUUCCGGAGGAGCAUCCAGCAGAACAUCCAGUAUAAGAAGUGCCUUAAGAACGAGAGCUGCCCCAUCAUGAGGAUCAACAGGAACCGCUGCCAGCAGUGCCGCUUCAAGAAGUGCCUGUUGGUGGGGAUGUCCCGGGACUCGGUGCGUUUCGGGCGGAUCCCGAAGCGGGAGAAGCAGCGGAUGCUCCUGGAGAUGCAGAGCGCCAUGAACAACAUGAUGAACAACCAGAACCAGAACCAGAACCAGCUGCUCGUGGGCCAGAUCCACCAAAACCAGCUGCUCGGGGGCCCCAUGCUGCCCUGCCCUCUCCCAGCCAAUGACGCUACCUCAGAGAACGCAGGCCUCGCCCCCUGCCCUCGCUCCAGCCAAUCAGACGUGGGCGUGGCCAUGGACACCAGCUCUUCCUCUCCCUGUGCGUCUGACAGCCUAUCAGAGGAGGCGAUUGGCUCCGUGACUCGGGCCCACCAGGAGACCUUCAUGUACAACCAGGAGGCCCCGCCUACUUCCGCCAAGGUCCCGCCCCCUUCCACUGAGGCCCCACCCCCUCAGGACAGCUGGAACCACAACAGCAACAACAUGGGGACCCUGCAGGACCCCCAGGAGGCCACGCCUCCUCCCACCCACUGCCCCUUCAGGGGGUCCAGAGGCUCCGCCCCCUACGCACAUGUGGCCUUUGUAGCUCCGCCCCCUGAGGGUCCUGUAAACACUGCCAACAGCGCCCCCCCGUGGAGAGGAGGCAACAGGAUGCACCUGGUGUGUCCGAUGAACACUUCUCCUCACGUGGAUCCUCACAAGUCGGGACACGAGGUUUGGGAGGAUUUCUCUCACAGUUUCACCCCCGCCGUCAGGGAGGUGGUGGAGUUCGCUAAGAAGAUCCCGGGUUUCAGAGACCUGUGUCAACACGACCAGGUCAGCCUGCUGAAGGCCGGCACCUUCGAGGUAAAAUAAUAAUAAUAAUAAUGCGUUUAUUUAGUGUAACACCUUUCACAGAAAUACAAUUCACAAAGUGCUUCACAAGAAAGAGCUAGAGUUCAAAUGAAGACCACAGAAACAUGAAUACAAUAAGAACAUGAGGCAGACAGUAAGGUUAACAUAAAAACAAAACACAGAGCACGUUGAGAGUGUGUGUGUGUUUGAGGUGUGUUUGUUUGAGGUGUGUGUUUGAGGUGUGUGUUUGAGGU